AUGACCGAGAUUCGGAAGGGGACUUUACACUGCAACUUCUCCCCACCAUCGUCGUCCUCCGCCAGCCACCGAAGUUCCUUUCUCGCCGUUCAUUUCGCAGCUUUGCCGCCACAACUAGCUCCACCAUCCCACCUGCGCAUGACAAUCCAAUAUUUCGGCUUCCCUCUCCUCAGGAAAAAUUCAAGCUCUGCGCUCCCAUACCCUUCACCACCAGCUAAGCACCAAGGCCCAGAUAUUAACAAGGGGCAAUUCAUCUGCCUAAAUGAAGUUUUUGCGCCUAUCCCUGCGUUAAGAACUUUACCCAUAUCAUCCGCGGGCUCUCAGACGUCACGCGCAUACGCGAGGGACCUCGGGAGGAUGAGCUCGCCAACCCUACCCGCACCUUUUCGCUCCAGCGAACAUGCCAAAGGCCGGGCCAUUGUGCGAACUUCGCCUGACACCUUGGGCCUGGCUUGCGGGCGAUCAGGUAACAGUUACGGUAGCGGUAGCGUCGGAGCAGAGUGCGGAGCGGGCAGCUACGGCACUGGCGAGGCGAGAGCGAAAUUGUCCUAUCGAGGACCCCGAGCUAUAGACGCGUUGCCGUGGAGAAGAAGUUCGUUCCGCCCCGUUGCAAUCGUGCUAUAG